AUGGAUUCGUACGUCCAUCCGAACAAUAGCUGGUUGCCGCCUGACGUGGCGGCACAGGCGGCGAGCGAGGAGCCUGGGAGGUUCCACGCUGUUGCCGAGGAGGUUCAGGCCGCGUGGAAACGCGGGAAAGAGCAAGGCCAUGGCGGAGAGACUUUGAAAUGGGUCUCCGUCGUCAACAGCUUCGUGGCGUCCAAGUCUCGUCUGGAGGUCCCUGAUCUGGAGCUUGUGUCAGAGACUGCCCUCGAUAUAAUCACAAGCUGCCGUGGCCCUAGGGAUCUCUUCAUUCAGAUCCGUUGGUCUCAGUGCCUCUCCCGCAUCCUGCGCAAGCACCGCUACUCGCUCUCCCUCUCCAUUCCCUGGCGCCCGCUCUACUCCAUCCUCGCUAUACACCUCCCCUCUGCUCCAGGGUCCAACCCCCUGCCUGGGUACGUGGGAGCGGCGCUGCUGCAGAUUCACAUCAACGCCAUCACAGAGCUCAUCAGGCGGGGGAGAAGGUUCUUCCCCCCCAACUCUGCUGCUGACAUCUGGGCCUUCCUCAGGUGCGCCUCUGUUGCCCCCAGACGCGCCUCUGUUGUCCUCAGGCCACAAUUCGCUGACGUCAGCAGCAAUGAUGCUCUGGAGGCGGCGGCUCUGCUAAAUCUUCUGCUGCCAACCAUGUGCCGCCACGUGGCACCAGGCGAGGAUGAUGCCUCUGCUGAAUGGAGUGUCUGGGUGCCGGAGUGGCUUUCAUUGUGGUCCUCUAUUCCCCACUGCACCUUCUGGGACGCUCAGUGGAUCUCUCUCCUCGCACGCUUAGCUAAGCACCAGCAGCUACGCCACCAGCACCAAGCCACCUCCUCCUCCCCACCUCCUCCCUCCUCCUCUCCCUCCUCUCCCGCUUCCCAUCCUCUCUCCCUCUGGUCUCCUCACCUUCCUUUCCUUUUCCAGAAGAUUCUCGAGUCUUUCUCCCUCCCCAUCGGCCAAUCCCCGUCCGCCACGUCAGCGCAACUUGAGCGCCCCGUCUCUCCAGCAUGCGCGCGUGUCUUCCUAUCACUGCUUGACAGGUGGCAGCAGCGCAGAGUGCCGCACCAGCAGCAGGUGGUUCGGGCUGUAGCUGGCGCCAAGCUCGUUGUCUGGCUGCUGGCAAACCCCGAACCUGCCGCCCAUGGUUUGGAUGCCGAACCUCCUGCUUCGGGCUCGGACCGAGCCAUGGAGAUGCAGGGAGGAGCGGCGUCGGUGCUGCGGCUGUUUGAUAAGCUAUCGAACGAUCUGGAGCAGUUCUUUCAUCCAUCCAACGGUGGAGAAUGGACAGGGCUGCUGGAGAAGAUGAUUCACUCUGCUACUUACCACCUCAUGAAGAGAAUCGCAGCAGAGAAGAAGAUUCUCGGUGACAGGUACCCCUCGGGUGCUCCUUUUUCCCUGUCCCCUGCUACGACCACUGCCUUCAUCCGUCUGCUCACCCGUCUCAUUCACAACCGCGCUCUCUUCAGCAAGAGCCCCACCCUCUCUGCCGUCGCCUCCCGCGUGGCUUCCUCCCUGUCCUACCUGGCGCCACGUGUCACUCUGCCAGUGGUCCUGGAGAGCUUCCAGGGUGCGCUGACCACUGUCACAGCAACACACCAGCUCGAGUCCGCCCUCUCGACCCUCGCGCUCUCCGUGCGCCCCUUGCUGCUCGCUGCUGCUCAAACCCUCACAGACCAAGACUCUACACUUGACUCUAUGGAGGUGGAUGGAUCAGGAGCGGUGGGGGCUGGGGAGGGUGGUGGCAUGGACACGUGGCAGGAGAUGAUUGGGCGGGCGAGGGAGGUGGUGUCUGAAGCGCUGGUGGCGACGCUCCCUGGAAUUGAUGCCAACGACCCUCCCAAGACGCUCGCCACUCUGCACCUCUACCUCUCUGUCUUCUCUUCCAUUGGUCCAAUUGGGGACGAGGAAAGCCCGUUCUCGCUCUCCAUUGAUUGGUCCACGUGGCUGGAGGACUUUCUCUCCCGCCUCUUCUCCCUGUUCUCUCACUUGGAGAGUGCUGCUCCCACUGCUACUGUGGCGAGCGCUGCUGCAGGCACUGAGAGGUCUUUCCUAAUGAAGGAGGCGGAGGGAUCAACCUUCCGCUCCACCGUCAGCACUCUCUUCGCCCGCCUCUCUCCUCCUCUCCUCAAUCAGGUCAUCUCAAGGGUGGAGCGCUAUGUGUCCAGCUCUGUCGUCCGCGGGUGUGAGGAGGAGAUCGGCACACUCGUGGCAGCUCUGGCCUAUGCUGCUCCUGAGGCCACCUGCACUCGGAUCCUUGCCGGAGUCAUGGAUUCUGCCAUGUCCCUCCUCCAAUCGCUGCUUGCCACGUCAUUCCUGGGGCUUGCUGAGUCUCCUGCUGCUGCUGCGGAUGCAGGGGAGGCACUGAAACUGCCAGCCAAUCAGCUGUCGACAACUCAGGAGGCCACUGUUCUCUUCCACAUGCAUCUCGUCAGCAACGCUGUCCCCUUUAGUGGCUCUGCUUUGAUAGCACAUAAAAACCGCCUCAUCGCGCUUAUCGAUGCGGCCUUCUCAUCCACGUCCCAGAAGCUUAUUGACAAGUACCUGGGCGGCGCGUUGAGGGACAUCCGGUGGUUGCGCACAAGGCCUGCCACGUCAGCAUCAGCCAGCUCAGCAGCAGUUGGAGCCAAACUGGCCUGGCGAGUGGCCCUUCGCCGCCUCUGGGCCGUUUUCUCCGGCACCCGAACCAACCUCCCGGACCUGACCACCAGGUUCGGGACCCAAGCCUCCGGCGCACCCAGCGACGCCAUGUCACCAGGCACCCCUCUAGCAGUGGUGGGACGGUCGGGAGUGACUAUAGGCGAUGUUACUAUGCGCGAGGAAGCUUCUGGGGAGCUUCAUGAGGCGUGUGUGUGGCUGGUGAGGCGGCAGAGGGACGACACUCAGACGCUGGCGCUGCUGGCGGAAGUGGAAGGGCUGUUGUUGAACCCAGGUGAGGGGGGGGGGGGUGAAACCCAUACAUACAGGGAACUGCCUGUAUGGCGACAGAGGGAUGACACUCAGACGCUGACGCUGUUGGCAGAAGUGGAAGGGCUGUUGUUGAACCCAGGUGAGGGGAGUGGGUGUGGCACGCAUACAUACAGGGAACUGCCUGUGAGGCAGAGGGAUGACACUCAGACGCUCACACUGCUGGCUGAAGUGGAAGGGUUGCUGCUGAACCCAGUGUUGGCGGGUGGUAAGGCAGAGGGAUCACACUCAGACGCUCAUGCUGCUGGCAGAAGUGGAAGGGUUGCUGCUGAACCCAGGCCGCCGUGGGUGCUGGCAGAGCUGGCAUACGAGCAUCUCCUCUGGAGGGCCUCUCAGGCGCACUUCAAGACAAUCUACGCCGGCCAGCGCCGCCCACUGCCCCUCCCUAGGGCGGUGAAGGUGCUGCUGGGAGAUCUGCUGCUGCUGUCGGUGCACCGAUAUGCGUCCGUGCAGGGUGUUGCGCGUGCCAGCCUGGAGCUCCUUCUCAAGCGCUUCCCGCCAGCUGUCGACACGGCAUUGCGCCAGCUGGCGCCGUGUGUGGCUGGGGAGGCAGGCGCAGUGGCAAGGCUGCUCAGGAUGGGGAAGAGUGCUGGCAGCAACGGUGGUGAUGGCAAUGGUGACCGAGAGAAGCAAGAGAGUGAGGAAGAGAAGGUGGAGGAGAUGAAAACGGCAGAGGAGGGAGAGGAAGUGGAGGAGAAGGAGGACAGGGAGGAGGCAGCAGUGGGGGCCUGCCAGGUGUUCGUGAGCCGGCCGAUCAUGCGCAAGAUCGCUUACGACUGGCGGGCUUUGGCUCCUUUCCUCUCUGCACUCCUGGCCUCGCACUCCAUUGAUUCUCUCAAGGCUCUUAACGCCAUCAACCAGCUCUUCAUCGCGUUUGUCUCUCGCUUCGCUGGAGUGAACCCGGUUCGGCCCCGCCGGGUGCCUGCUAUGGGAGAGGAGCAAGGUCAAGUGGAGCAGACUGAGGGGGAGGAGAGUGGGUGGGAGAGCGGGUGGGAGUCUAGUGGUGCACCUUUCUCACCCCCCUGCACCCCCCACCUUUUCCCUCGCCCCUUGCCCGUUCCCUCCCCGUGCAUUCUUCCUCUUACGAUCCGCUAUUCCAGAUACGCUAUUCUCUUUCUCAGCCAUGAGACUGGGCGAGCUGCAGCUAAGGAGAAUUCUUACGAUCCUCUAUUCCAGAUACGCUAUUCUCUUUCUCAUGGCCAAUGCACUGCUCGCCCUCCUCUCCUGAGGCGCCUCAAAACUCCCCAGCCAACCUUCCUGUCUCCCUCCUCUCCCCCUCCCUCUCUCCCAGGGGCAAACGGGCGGGGGAGGGGCAGGGGCGGCGGGGGAAGGCUAGCGGGUCUAUUUGGCGGAGGGGGAGGGGGGAAUGGGGCGGGCGGGGGCGACAAUCCUGGAGCUACAGUAUCCGCACUGUUCAGCGCGGGGCUUGGAGCGUCUGCCACGUCAGCGCUGCUCUCAGAUUGGCCGAGGAGCAGGUCCCGGGGGUUGGUGCCGUCCUGUCCGCAGUCGUCCUCAUUUGUGGUGGCGAAUGCGAUGCUCUUUGAGCUGCUCGUGCAAGCUUGUGCUGCUGCUGGUGCUGCUGCUGCUGCUGGUGCUGCUGCUGCUGCUGGUGCUGCUGCUGGUGCUGCUGCUGCUACUGCUGCUGCUGCUGGUGCUGGCGCUGCUGCCGAUUCCCCUGCAGCUGCAGACGCUGCUACUGAUAGUAACGCAUCUGGCGCCGCACCUGGCAGCACAGCAGCAGUGACAGCCUUCCUGCACGCACUCCACCCAUGCCUGCAAGACCUGGUAUCCAAAGAGACUGACAAGGGAGCACAGAGCGCAGCAGCAGAGAUCACCGCAGGCCUCCUUGCCUCUGCACACCCUGGUGUGCUGCACGCCUGGUGUGCCGAGCCUGAGCCAGAGCAGGCGAAACGUCUGAUGCUGCUGGUGGUGGCGGUAGGGGAGAUGGGGCAAGGGGAGGGAAGGUCUGAGCCUGGAAGUAAGGAGCAGCAGAAGGAAGCUGAGGAGGAAUUGGAUUUCCUUGUGAGAUUGGCAGAUGAAGCUAAGGGGCUGAUGACGCAUAGCGCGAGACAGGUUCGUCAGCUUCUGGGGGAGGUGUUAUCUGCUCUUCUGGCUGCACUCAGCACUAGAUUCGCUGGUUCGGCCUCUUCCUCCUCUUCCGUGUCUGCUGCUGCGACUGCCAGCCUGUCGAAUCAUAUCUUGGCAGAAGCUGCCAAAGCUGCUACAGUGAUCAAGUCCAUGGGAAGCAGCACCGAGCAGCAGAAAGAGACAAAGGAGGGUUCGAAGAAACAAGAGGGGGAGAUGGAAGGGGUGGUGGAGGGGAAGGAGGGAGGGGAUGAGGAGAGCAGUGAAGCAGGGAGGGAGGGAUCUGAAGAGGACAAGAGCGUGUGGACAAUGGAAUCGAUUCUCUACUUCAUCAUGUCUGCUGUCAAGUCGGGAGACGCUCCUCCAUUCCUCCCAACGAUCGUCGCUCUGCUGCCACCUCUGCUCUCCAUCCAGGAAACCCCCAACACGGACCUUUCUCUCCUCGCCAAGCAAUGUCUCGCCUACACCAAGUACCUGCCCCUCCCUGCAACCGCCGUGCCAGCAGCAGCAGCGGCGGUGCAGGCAGCAGCACAGUCGGGCAACUGGAAGGAGAGGGCUGCUGCUCUCUCGCUCUGCCAGUCCUUUGUCUUUCGCAAUGGCUUCCUUCUGUCGCCCGCCGACCUCUCAUCGCUCCGUGAAGCAGUCAUUGCCUGCCUGCAAGACCCACAGCCAGAGGUGCGUGACAUGGCAUCCGCCACGCUGGCAGGCCUUUUCAAGGCAGCCCAACAGGGUGACACGUGGCCAGCUGUCAUUCGCCAGAGCUUCAUCCAAUCAGCUGCAGCCACGCUCAAGGCCUCGAGAGCCUCCCGCAGACGGGCCAGUGGGGGAAAACCGUUGGAUGCUGACUCGGCAGCCAAGGCGGCAGCACGGACGGUCAAGAUGCAUGGAUCGGCGCUUGGGCUUGCAGCUGCCGUGCGAUCAGCACCAUACGAUGUUCCCCUCUGGUUACCAGACGUGCUGCUGUCGCUUGCCAGCCUGGCAGGAGAGCCUGCUCCAGUUGGGCCUGCGGUGGGGAAGGCUCUGGGGGACUUCAAGCGCACACACGCCGACAGCUGGCACAUCCACAAGGAGGCGUUCAGUGCGGAGCAGCUAGAGGUCAUCAACGACCUAUCUUCAACUGUGGGUUAUUUUGUGUAG